AUGGUGAAAAGAAGUCGUUUAUCUGAUUCAGAGAUUGAGAAACUGCUUUUAGAAAGUGAUGAUAAUUUCAGUGACAGUUCUGAAAGUUUUCAAGAUACAGAUGUUGAGGCUAGUGAAAGUGACUUCGAUUCAGAAACAUCUGACGACAAGACACUACUGCAGCAGACGGUACCUAGUGAAUUUCUGCGUGCCAGUUCAGUUCGUAUUCAAUAUUUGUUCAGUGGUAAUAGUGGUACAGUUGUGCCUCUAAAACAAAACGAUGUGAUGAGUUGUUUUAUGUGUUUUGUGGAUGAUGCUUUGUGCACAAUGAAAGCUGAACAGACGAACUUAUAUGCAGAACAGGUCAUAGCUUCUCAUCCCAAUUUAGCAGCAUGCUCCAGGGUUCACAGUUGGCAGAAUACUACAUGCAAUGAGGUAAAAACACUUAUUGGAAUGCUUGUACUUCAAGGAAUUCUUCACAAACCAGACCACAAAAUGUACUUUUCAAAGAGGGAAUCAGUUGACACACCUUUCUUCAGGAAAGUGAUGAGUGAAAAGCGGUUUCAUCUUCUAUUGAAAUUCCUCGACUUUGCUGACAAUACCUCAUAUGAUCCACUAGGUACUAUCAGCAGAAAGCUAUUCAAAAUUCACCCCAUUAUGGAGCAUCUGUGGCGUAAAUUCAGAUCAGUGUACAUGCCAGGACGGCUUGGAUGGAAGCAGUAUAUUCCAUCAAAGCACUUUGUUGUUUACACUGGAAAGGACACUAAUUAUGGUAGCCACUAUCCAGAUGAAAAAAUAACCUCUCGAAUUGUUUUGGAGCUUGCACACGAUCUACUCAGGAAAGGCCACUGUAUUUAUCUUGACAACUGUUUUGAACAUAACAAAGAAUUGUGCCAUAUUUUGGCAAAAUACUUGGAAAAACUUGGAAAUUAUAGUAAUCUUAGCUCAACUCUGGAGAAAAAGAAUAGUGUAUUCAUAAUUAGAUUCUAUCAGUAG